GUAAGAGAAGAACACACUUCAGGGAACUUAAGCAUGGAGUGGAAGAAGGCGGGCAGCUUGAGGGCGAAGAAGGCGAAGACAGGUGACAAUUGGUAUUCUCUACGUAUAGAGGAAAAAACGAGGCCGGAGGGAAAGCAGGGGCAAGAGCUGUUGUUGGCCGUCCAGGCGAUGCUCACUCGUCCUGAAUUGCUCGAUCUAACAUUCGUCUGCGAGGAGUCUAAAGAGGUGCGUGCAAAUAGAGCGUUGCUUGCGAGCAGGAACGAGUUCUUCUCCAAACUGCUUUACGGUAGCAUGAGGGAGGGUUCCAUGGACAGAAUCCCUCUUCCGACGGUGAAGGCGAGGAGUCCGCAGGUUGUGAUCAACUACCUGCAUGGGUGUCCGUUCAGCCGGACCCAUGAAAUGUCCUGGGAAGAUGUCGUCGACAUGUACCAAGUAGCGGAACAGUAUCAGGUGAGCAGCUUGUGCGAAAGUAUCGUAUUCUCGAUAUCGACCGGCGUGCAAAGUGGGGCGGAGAUAGGCGCUCUACUCAAUGUUGCAGUGGGGAGGCACGCAGAGAAGUUGUUGAAGGCGGCGGAGAAUUUGGUAAUUUACGAUGCGGUGGUGUUUGAUUCGAAGUUCUUCCGGGGCUGGAAGAAGGAGAGCAUUGUGCACUUCCUGAAAAACGCGCAGUUCCCGCCUCAUGUCACUGAAACGCUGAUCGCAGAGGCACUGCUUGCAGCGGCAUCCAAUGACCGAAACAUAGUCAAACAGGAAAAGGCCCAUGUCACCAAAGUGGAGUAUACACACACAUCAUCCGUCAUGGCGAUGAUUACGGAAGAGCCGCCUGCGAUCAGAGGGGACGCCGGCAAGGUCAUAUGUGUGAUGGACGAGUGGGACCAGGAGCCUAAUAUUCUGAGAGUCUUAGAGAGAAGAAUAUCAGUCACUGUUAUGCUGAUCGAGACGGAGGAGCAGCAUCUGUCUUGCCGAGGGACGACUUGGAGGAGAUCUUCGAAGGCCACAUCAACCUUCCUUUCAUCAAACCCUCAUUUGUGGAGAAGAGGAUCAAACCGUUGCACAUCUUACGCCCAGAGAUACUCACUGCCGUGUACAGGGUUCACUCGGCCUGCUUCGCCCGAGGAAUUCCACCCAGCUUGUUCUUCAAAACGCCCUGGCGUUCCAUGUCUCCCAAAGUCUCGCUCGUAGCAUUGACCAACGAAGAAGAUGGGAUCUGCAGUACUUUCCGGAAUGUCUCUACCCCGG